AUGACCUGGGAGAAAAUCGCAGAGGACAAGAAGAACCGCAUCGCGGCCUCGAUUCCGCCGGCAUGGCGCAUCGAGUCGCUGCCCACCGAGGACUCGGUGAUGGGGUAUCCCAAGACUAGUAGCAUUAUGUCUGCUGAGGAGCUAGACAUCACCGAGUCCAGCGCCGCGGAUUUGGUCGCGAAGAUAGCCGCCGGAAAGUUGACCUCUGUUGCAGUCACGACUGCCUUCUGCAAGAGGGCUGCGCUGGCUCAUCAAUUGACCAACUGUGCUCUUGAAUUCUUCCCUGAGAUGGCUUUGGCACGUGCUCAGGAACUCGACGACUACUACCAGAAAACCGGCAAGACCGUUGGACCUCUUCAUGGUCUCCCCAUCUCUCUCAAGGACCAGUUCCGCAUCAAGGGGCUGGAAACGUCCAUGGGCUAUGUCUCGUGGGUUGGAAAAUACGACACGGAAGACUCAGUUCUGGUCACGCUUCUCCGGAAAGCUGGAGCGGUGUUCUAUGUCAAGACCAACGUGCCCCAGAGCUUGAUGGUCUGUGAGACCAUCAACAAUGUCACUGGUCGAACUGUCAACCCGCGGAACAAGAACUGGUCAUGUGGUGGCAGUUCAGGAGGUGAGGGAGCUAUCGUUGGGUUCCGUGGUGCAAUCAUUGGAGUUGGUACUGACAUUGGUGGAAGCAUUCGUGUCCCUUCAGCAUUUAAUUUCCUUUACGGUCUUCGCCCCUCACACGGCCGAUUACCAUAUGCAAAGAUGGCCAACUCCAUGGAAGGUCAAGAAACGGUACACAGUGUCUGUGGCCCCCUGACACACUCAGUCAAAGAUAUGCGCUUGUUCGUCACCUCCGUGCUUGCUGAAGAGCCGUGGAAGUACGACUCAAAAGUGAUCCCCAUGCCAUGGAGACAGUCAGAAGCAGAUGUUAUCAAGUCAAAGUUGUCUUCCGGUGGGCUGACAAUCGGAUAUUACAACUGUGACGGCAACGUUCUCCCACACCCGCCCAUCCUCCGUGGCGUUGAGACCGUUGUGUCCACCCUCAAGAAAGCCGGCCACGACGUUGUAGAAUGGACUCCCUACAAGCACGACUACGCCUUCGACCUCAUCAACGGCAUCUACGCCGGGGACGGCGGUACCGACAUCUUCAACACGCUCAAGGAAUCCGGCGAGCCCGCGAUCCCGAACAUUGCCGACCUGGUCAACCCCUCGCUGCCCAAAGUCGACGUCAACAGCCUCUGGGACAUCCAGCUCAAGAAAUGGGCCUACCAAUCCGAGUACCUCGAGAAGUUCCGCCUCGCCGAAGAGAAGCUCGGCAAGGAGAUCGACGCCCUCAUCGCCCCCGUCGCGCCCACGGCUGCCGUGCGCCACAACCAGUUCAAGUACUACGGCUACGCGAGUGCCAUCAACCUCCUAGAUUUCACGAGCGUCGUCGUGCCCGUGACCUGGGCGGACAAGAAUCUCGACAAGAAGAAAGAGGGAUACGAACCCCUCAACCCGCUCGAUAAGCUGGUGCAGGAUGAAUAUGAUCCUGAGGCGUACCAUGGCGCCCCUGUAGCGGUCCAGAUCGUGGGUCGGAGAUUAACGGAGGAGAGAAUCAUGGCCAUCGCGGAGGAGAUUGGGAGAUUGUUGGGUAAUGAGAUCACGCCAUAA